AUGUGUGAGGAAUUCAACAGUGCUAUCCUUGAUGCUAGAGACAAGCCUAUUAUAACAUUGCUUGAGAGGAUCAGGUAUUACAUCAUGUUGUUGAUGGCAACUAGACGAGAAGCUAUGGAGAAAUGGCAUCAUGAUGUGGGGCCAAGAGUGUUUGCAACUCUGGAGAAGCUUAAGAAGCAGUCAGCCUGGUGCAUUCCAAGGCUUGCUGGGGAGAGCAAAUAUGAGGUCAAGUGUUUUGGAGGCACUCAGGUGGUUGUUGAUUUGAGGAACAGAAGUUGUUCAUGUAGGCAAUGGGAUCUAACUGGGAUCCCAUGUAAGCAUGCUUGUGCUGCCAUUGGGCAGUUAAAUGGCAAUCACAUCAGCUAUGUCCAUGAUUAUUACAAAAAAGAAGCCUUCAUGAAAGCCUACAAACCCAUGGUACCAUCACAAAGGCAAAAGAAGAUAGCACAUCAAGGCAAGAGAUCAAGUCAAAGAGUUACAAGACAAUCAAGGCAGAAACAGCCAAUCAUAUCAAAGGCUAAAAAAAGGACCAAUCAUGACCAAGCUCCUCAACCAUCUCAUCAACCACCUCAACCAUCUCACCAACCAGCUCAACCAUCUCAACCAUCUCAGUCUAACCAAGCUCAACAACCAUCUCCUCAACCAGCUCAACCAUGUCAAGCAUCUCAGUUUGAACAACCAUCUCAAGCUUCUCAGUUUGAACAAGCGUCUGAAGCUGCUUUGUUUGAACAAGCCUCCCAGUCUGAACAACCAAAUUCGUCUCGGCCUUUACAAGCUUCCCCACAAAGGAAAGAAGGAAAAAGAAAUAACGCUACCAUUAAUUACAAUUCCACUUCAAAAAAUUUGAGUGUUGCCUUCACUACCUUUGUAAGCAAUACGAGUGAUACACAAGCGAUGAAGCAUUUUUAUUACAUUAUUGAUCUGAAACAGUACUUGCCUGAUUGGGUUGUUGUUGGGUUCUCUGCUUCAACGGGUAACUAUACUUCUCUGAAUAAGAUCAUCUCAUGGAAUUUCAAUUCAACUUCACUAGUUGAUCAUGACAGUAAGGUCGGUAUUGCAACGGACAACCAAACACCAAGCGCCAUGGCCAGUACUAAUUCCAACCGCAAGUCAAGAAACAAGAGUAUAGGCCUCACAGUUGGGUUGGCGAUUGGUGGCUGUGCUGUCAUGUUUGGUGGAUUGGGUUUGAUUCGGUUAGUCAUGUGGAAGAAGAGGGAAACAACUGUUGAAAGUAGUGAUGAAGAUCCUAUAGUUCAUGAAUUAAUUGACGAUGAAUUUGAAAAGGGGGCUGGACCAAGGAAGUUUUCGUAUAGCGAAUUGGCUCAGGCCACCAGCAAUUUUAGGGAAGGAGAAAAGCUUGGAGAGGGAGGAUUCGGUGGGGUUUAUAAAGGCUUUAUACCAGAUUUGAAGUCAUAUGUUGCUGUUAAGAAGAUAUCGAGGGGUUCUAAACAAGGACUUAAAGAAUAUGCGUCUGAAGUGAAGAUCAUCAGUCGACUUAGGCAUCGCAAUCUUGUGCAGCUGAUUGGCUGGUGCCACGAAAGAAAAUUCUUACUGGUGUACGAGUUCAUGCCUAACGGGAGCUUAGAUUCUCAUUUGUUCAAAGAGCAGAGCUUGUUGACUUGGGACGCAAGAUACAAAAUUGCUCAAGGUUUGGCCUCCGGAUUGCUCUAUCUACACGAAGAGUGGGAGCAAUGUGUGCUGCAUAGGGAUAUCAAAUCAAGCAAUGUUAUGUUAGAUUCGAAUUUCAACGCAAAACUUGGGGAUUUUGGGUUAGCUCGACUUGUGGACCACGGA